AUGCGAUGCGCGAGCAAGGCCGCCGAGAGCGCGUCUGCACGUCUCUGUGCGGACGCCGAAGCAGAAACCGCUGCAACUGAUGUCUCAUCGGUUGCUGAAGCGUCUCAGUCUGUAUCACCUGGUGAUGCAGACGCUCGUCAUGAAGACACUCGUGUCUUCACAGAGUACGAGCUCGGUGUCUCGUACUCUCCUGAUACGGAUGACGGAUCCGUAUCGACGGCAAUUGAAUCCAAGCCGCCUGCCAAGCGUGGCAUGGACGAUGCUUUGCGUCGCAGCAUCUUUGGUUCAUCUGAUGAGUCAGAUGAACCAUCGCCGAAGCGAAGGCGCUUGAGGUCGCGAGACUCGGGCGCUAAUAGUGGUGUCGUUUCUCCAAUGGACACCACUUCACAGCGAGGUGCCAGUACUUCUGUCGGCACGUCGCAGGAAGAGCGGGACCGCAAUGUGUUGCGUCUCGCUCCCAAGAAGAAGGCAUGGAUGCCUCCCAAAUCUGUCAUGGAUCACUUGUCGGCGACGACGAGUGAUCGUUAUCGAACACGAUUGUUCGAUUCGUCGAGGAUUCAUCACCUUGACCCCAGCGCGAAAGACUAUCGCGCUGAACAUGAGUUCUUCAUCGAUGCUUUCUUCAGACAUCGAUGGUACAGUGGGAAUCACAAACGUGAUGGUCCCUCACUACUUCAGGCGUGGAACGCCUACAUCCAUAAUCUCGAGGAUGUAGGUCGUGACGCUUGGAACGACAAACUUAUCAAAGCUCGUGAUAAGUUUGAAAAGCGAACCCCGACAGGUGCACGCUACAAGCUGCAUCGUCUGUCAAGGGAGAAAGGAUUACCCUGCCUCUCUUGGGGAGACUCGUGCCCAUGUUGUGUGAACAACUCUGCACGAGCACCUAAGGAGGCUUACCUCCUUACCAGCCCGUGGUGGCGCGUACGUAUCUACAGUGAGAUGUACGAAGGGAUUGACAACUUGAAAUCCCUUUACGACCGUGCCGGGAAGACUUUCUCCGGCGGUCCUUCUGCGGCACAGGAUGUGUCGCGUCGUACUGCUCGACCAGACCCAGUACGUCAACCAUCAAUUGGGAGCGGGGCUCCCAAGAAUCCCAGGACGGAGGAAAGACGCUCUCCACACGAUCAUGUGGAUCGGUGUGUUCCCGAGAGCUUCUUUGAUCGCGUAACGCAAGGGUUACGCGACGAUCUCGAGCAUGAGCGGAAUAGGCGUCUCCAGAUGGUGGACACUGCCUCGAAGCAUCGAGCUGAGUUUGCCUUUGCUCAGCUUGAGAACGAGAGAUCUCUGACAUCUCUUCGUGACGAGCUAAGGGUAGCUCGUGGGAUUGUUGAUCGGUCUCGGGCUGAGAUAACUGCUCUUCAGACCCUUGUUGAUGCCCACCAUCGGGAGCACAAGGCUCUCUGCGAGAUGCUUGAGCGCAAGGGCGUUCUUCAUCGGAAGAAGCAGCGUACUGAUGGUACGGCUUAA